AUGAAUUAUCUUUCUGAUACCGCCUACCAAAAAGAAAAGCAACCAACUUCUGUAGCCACAUCUACUGUCCGCCUUGGACUUCCAGUGCAAGCCAAAGUUGUUCAGUCAACUGCAACACCUGUUAGUGCUACAGCUGCUGCAACUCUGCCAGGAGGCUCUAUUCUUUCACAUACCACAGUGUCAGUAGCUACAACAAAUGCUCAAAAUUUGUUCAAGACUACAGUAUCAACGGGAACACCAACGUCUCAACAGCCUGCAGUAAUUACUGGUGGACAAACUCAAACUGCAGCACAAAACCAGAGUCAGCCUCGGCUCCCACUUCCACCUCAUACAACAGCACAAGUGCCAGCACAGCCCCAAGUCAUACCAAGCUCUCCUGUACCUGGAACUACAGUUGUAUCACAGGAAAUGCAAGAGAAUGUGAAAAAAUGCAAGAACUUUUUAGCUACUCUUAUAAAACUUGCUUCUCAUAAUUCACCUUCUCCAGAAACAUCCCGCAAUGUGAAAGCUCUGGUUCAGGAUUUGUUGGAUGCAAAGAUUGAUCCAGAAGAAUUUACAGGCCGCCUUCAAUCAGAACUCAAAUCAUCUCCUCAGCCAUAUCUUGUACCUUUCCUUAAGAAAAGUCUACCUGCAUUGAGACAAUCUUUACUGAAUAGUCAACAUUCAGUUUUGCAAGGACAGCCGUCUCAGCAGUUGCUUCAACAAACCAAGCUAUCACAAGUUAUACCUCAAUCUGCCUCUGGAAGUAUUUCCUCCAUUGUCACAACGCAGACAAUAGGAAUAAGGCAACCAAACAACAUUUGCACAGUCUCUGUAUCAAAUACAGUGCAGCCUCCUCAGGUUAAGGUGGUACAGUCAAAUCAGAGUUCUCAACUGCAGAUUAUCCAGUCAACAUCUGCUCAAACUGUGAAACGAAACCCUGCUUGCCAGACUACCCAGAUUAGGAUGCCAGUGGUAAUAACUCAGACCAUUAGACCACAAGGCACAGUAGGGAAGGCACCAACAAUACAAGCCAGCAAAAGUCCUGGGGGCUUUGGUGUUCAGGUCUCUGCAAAUCAGAAAAACAAGCUGAAUGACCCUGGAGGUGGUUCUUUCAGGCAUGGUCUUGGUGCGCACGGAUGCUGGACAACUUGUGAUGGUGCCUCAGCAGGCUCUAGCCCAGGCGCAGAUGCAGGCUCAAGUGCAGACACAGGGACAAGGUCCUACCAGCAUUUCACCUCGACUUUCAGUGCCCACAAGUGGCCCAGUUUUUCGCCUAACAACAGCUCAGAAAAAUCUACUUUGCAGGCUUUCUCAAGAGCCUUUUUGGGCUGUGAGUUCAUUGGAGGUCAGAAGGCUCAGUCUUAG